ACUACUCAACUGUUAGAUCUUAUGUUCGGCGUCGAAAGUCAAGACGAGUUCAGCGAAAACUUAUACAUAACGUUGGUGUUCUUUUGCGAUUCUUGUAAAACAGUCGCACUGCUGCGUCGUUGUGAAAAUAUUGUGGAUUUGAUCGAAACUGUUAAGAAAGAGCCAUUCGCGGCGAUGAACGCGGAGGAGGAGGAAAUACAAGCGAAAUUCAUGGAACAAGUCGAAUGGAACUCAAUAAUCUACACAUUGAUAAUAGAGAUCUUUACACUUGGAAUGUGGAUUGUUUCCUUUCUUACCGAUUUUCCACACGGGAGGCUGAAGUAUCGUGCAUGGAUCCCAUACGAUUAUUCAUCCCCAUGGAUAUUCGCUAUUACUUACGUUCAUCAAGUCGUUGCCACGAUAUUCGCAACGAACUUGAUCGUCGCUUGUGAUUCUAUGUUUAGCGGGCUGCUGGUUAACAUUUAUUGCCAGAUCGAGGUGCUUGAAUACCGUCUGAAAAAUGUCGGAAAAUAUCCAUAUUAUUCAGUGAAAUUGUGCGCUCGCCAUCAUCAGAGUAUAUACGAAUUUGCCACGGCAAUAAACAAAGAGUUCACGGCCAUCCUUUCUAUCCAAUUCAUGGUGAAUACAAUAUCUCUUUGCUUCAAUCAUUACCGAUUGUCGCAAUUAGAAUUCGGCUCGAAAUUCGUCGAAACCGCGGCGUACACCUUCUGUCUGCUCACCCAGAUAUUUUAUUACUGUUGGUACGGCAAUGAAGUGAAACUAAAGAGUCUGAUGAUCGCGGACGCAGCAUUUGAAAGCACACUAAUGUCAUUGGAUAACAACACGAGAAAGAUGUUUCUGAUGAUUAUGAUACGAGCUUUGGAGCCCAUUCAAUUCACCAGCAUUCACAUCGUCUCCAUGAACCUUGAAUCCUUCAUAACGUUACUUAAAACAUCCUACUCGGCCUACACCGUGCUUCAACAGACUAGUACCGACUUUCCUGAUAUAAUAUUUGGCAGCGAUUGGCCGUCGUGGAACGAUAGCUCUAAGAAGGUUUUACUGAUGGUCAUCAGGCGUUCAAGAGUACCCGUCGAAUUUACCAGCAUGCACGUGGUAUCUCUGAAUCUGAAAUCUUUUAUGUCGCUAUUGAAAACCUCUUACUCCGCGUUCAACCUGAUGCAAACAUUCUACGGGUGUGUAGAUUCAGCGAUCAGCAAGGAUCUAAAAUCUCUGGCUCAGAAAUCAUCUGUGGGUCUCUCGGUGUUACGUGUCUGUAUUCAAGUGCCCAUUAUAUUCUACCAACGUGAGAACAUCAUAUCCUUGCUGAAUAUUUUGCAGAAGGAAAGUUGCACUCCAAAGGACGAUCAGGAGGUUUCCAUACAACGAAAAUACGACAAACUUGCGAGGUCUUGUAUUCAUAGAAAAUUGACAAUAUACUGUGAGCUCCUGAACCAAUCAGCCGUGUUCCUUACAUCCGUGAUGCAAUAUCACAAACUUAUAAGGACAAGAACGUUCCCUUCGUUCGACUGGCUACCUUACAGUGUAACUUCGAUGGAAGUGUACAUGAUAUCUCUGCUGUAUCAAACGUUUAGCUUAAUCGUUUGCGCUACUACAAGCGUAGCCAUCGAAACCAUGUUCGCUGGACUGAUGAUACAAGCCAGAGUUCAGUUCGAGAUAUUUUGUCAUCGAGCUCAAAAUGUGCCAAUCGUAUUGAUGGAAGUCGAGAAAAAUAAUACCUCGAAGAGGAAUUUUAGAAAAAAGUGGCACGAAGUACGCAGAAAUUUGGUCAAAUAUCAUCAAGAAAUAAUCAACUUCGUACACAACAUCAACAUCACUUUUCAGUACAUAGUCUUGAUUCAAUUUCUCGUCAGUUCAACAGUACUGUGUCUAAGUAUUUACCAGAUGUCCACGUUGGAUUUAUUCAGCAUGGACAUGGUCUUCAGCUACUCGUAUCUGGGCAGCAUGCUCAUGGAGGUGUAUUUAUACUGCUGGUUCGGAAACGAGAUGACGUUGAAGAGCAACGAAGUAGGCGACGCAAUUUACCAAAUGGACUGGACGAUUUUACCAGCUGAUAUAUUAAAAGAUUUCUUGUUGAUUAUGACAAGAUCCAUGAAACCCGUAAAAAUAUCAUGCGGUCACAUUUUCAUUUUAUCCGUGGAAUCUUUCAUGUCUAUCAUCAAGCUUUCGUAUUCAUCGUAUAAUCUGAUGACAAACACUGAGGAUACUGAAGAAACAACAACAGGCUUUACGAAUAAUCAUCAGUAGUAUCAACCCUUAACGAUCAACAUAACGACAUGUUUUGUAUCCUUUUCUUCUUUCAUAUUGCAGCACGUUCGCUUAUGUAUUCGCGCAUACAACUGAGCAAUAAAUCAUGCAAUUAAU